GGCAACCUCAAAGAAAGGAAAAAACUAGAUCUUGGGGGCUGUGACUACUCUUGCUAUUUUUCCUUUCAUGCCAGUUAGUACACGAUCGCGUAUUUUCACUCAUUUGAGUGCCAAGCCCACCUCGACGUAUCCCACGACCCCUCCUAUUCCCAGUGAAAGCGAACGCGAAUACAAGGAGUUGAUCCAUCAACGUGAGGACCUCCAUCGGCGUAUUUGUCAGAAGAAUAACGCACUAGUGCAGUUCGAACGUAGUAUUCUCAGCUUUUAUUACGCGCACGCUAUAUGUUCUGAGAAGGAGCUCAGUGCGAUCCUGUCCUCCUUGGAUUCCGCCCCGAAAAGGCCUUCGCACGGCUUCAGCGAGGUGAGCCGGCGGAUGUGUGAACUGCGAGAGCAGGAGGAGCGUCAGGAAAAGGAGCGUGCGGAGUACAAGGCCGCGAUAGCGAGUAUGGAGGAAACGUAUGAGCAAACCAUUAUUCACGGCAAACUGGCUACACAGGAAGAAGCCGUUAACCGCUCGCAAUCUGAGCUGUGUGAGUUAAAUGUCGAGUUUGAAAAACAAAGACAAAUGGAUCAAGACCUUACAUCCCUUAUCGAGAAUCUUGAACGGGAAUUGCAAGAUCUACGAAAAGAAAAAGACAAGUCAGCGCUUCGCAAGGCGGUUUUAGAGGAAAAGAAACGCCAUCAAAUGGAAAAUCUAGGAAACACUCGGCGUGAACUGCAAAAGGCUCAUGCUGAUGCGCUGCAAGCUCAAAAGGAGCUUGAGCGAAGAGAGACUAUAAAUCAAGAUUUAAAAAAUCAGAUAGAAGAACACUCCAUGCGCCUAAAGCGGAGAAAGCUGAAUUAGACAUGUAUCUAAUUCACAUUCCACACAGCUCUAUAGACUGCUAGAUCUUAAAUUAGAUGUACAUGAUAGAAUUGCAUCAAUACUAAGAAAAGAUAUGAAAAUAUCUGAGGGAACCAAAGUUAAAAGCGUGAAUCGUGGUUGUUGUUUCUUCUUCCCUUUUGGUGUAUGUCUGUUUGUGUGUGUGUCUAAAAGAAAAA